AUGGCAAAAUAUUUUUAUUUUUGUUUUAGAGAAGGUAGAGAGAAGCAGUCUAGAGAGAGAAAGUAGUGUUUCUCUCUCCUCUUCUUCCUGUCUCUCUGUUAUUUCUCUCCAAAUCCAUCUUCUCUUUGUUGGCUUUUCAAAGAUCUAGUGUUAUUUUUUGUGAAAUUUGUUGAUUUGGAUACCAACAGGGAGCCAAAACGAUGUCGUCUCUCAGUAGAGAGCUUGUGUUCUUGAUCUUACAAUUUCUUGAUGAGGAGAAGUUUAAAGAGACUGUUCACAAGCUUGAACAGGAAUCUGGGUUUUUCUUUAACAUGAAGUAUUUUGAGGAUGAGGUACAUAGUGGGAAUUGGGAUGAGGUUGAGAAGUACCUCUCUGGUUUUACGAAGGUGGAUGAUAAUCGGUAUUCAAUGAAAAUCUUUUUCGAAAUUAGGAAGCAGAAGUAUCUUGAGGCAUUGGACAAGCAUGAUCGGUCCAAGGCGGUAGAAAUAUUGGUAAAGGAUCUAAAAGUUUUUGCAACAUUUAAUGAGGAGCUCUUCAAGGAAAUCACACAACUCUUGACAUUGGAGAAUUUUAGGGAAAAUGAACAACUCUCUAAGUAUGGGGAUACAAAGUCUGCUAGAGCAAUUAUGUUGGUUGAGCUCAAAAAGCUUAUCGAAGCAAAUCCCUUAUUCCGUGACAAGUUGCAGUUUCCUCACCUCAAAAAUUCACGGUUACGGACUCUUAUUAACCAAAGCUUGAAUUGGCAACAUCAACUCUGUAAAAAUCCAAGGCCAAAUCCAGAUAUAAAAACUCUUUUUGUAGACCAUACAUGUGGACAACCAAAUGGUGCACGGGCACCAUCACCCGCAAACAAUCCCUUGCUAGGAUCCCUACCAAAAGCUGGAGGUUUUCCUCCUCUGGGUGCUCAUGGGCCUUUUCAACCUACACCAGCACCUGUUCCUACUCCGCUUUGGAUGUCCAAUCCUUCUACUGUAACUCAUCCAGCAGUUUCUGGAGGCCCUAUUGGACUUGGUGCUCCAUCAAUCCCUGCUGCUUUGAAGCAUCCUAGGACUCCUCCAACUAACCCUUCUGUGGACUACCCAUCAGGGGAUUCUGAGCAUGUUGCCAAAAGAGGAAGACCUAUGGGAAUUUCUGAUGAGGUGAAUCUACCUGUUAAUGUGUUGCCAGUGACAUUCCCAGGGCAUGGUCAUAGUCAAGCUUUUAAUGCGCCUGAUGAUUUGCCCAAGACUCUAGUACGGAAUCUGACUCAGGGGUCAUCUCCGAUGAGCAUGGAUUUUCAUCCCGUACAACAGACUCUGCUUUUAGUUGGUACCAAUGUUGGGGACAUAGGGUUGUGGGAAGUUGGUUCUAAGCAAAAAUUGGUUUCAAGGAACUUCAAAGUAUGGGAUAUUGGUGCAUGUUCAGUGCCUCUUCAGGCAGCACUAGCUAAAGAUCCAGGUGUCUCUGUUAACCGCAUAAUCUGGAGCCCGGAUGGUUCUUUGUUUGGAGUUGCAUACUCUAGGCACAUUGUGCAAAUAUAUUCUUAUCAUGGUGGUGAUGAUGUACGGCAGCAUCUGGAGAUUGAUGCUCAUGCUGGUGGAGUAAAUGAUCUGGCAUUCUCUCAUCCAAAUAAGCAACUUUGCGUUAUAACCUGUGGUGAUGACAAGACCAUCAAGGUGUGGGAUGCCACUAAUGGAACUAAACAGUAUACUUUUGAAGGCCAUGAGGAUGCAGUUUAUUCUGUCUGCCCCCACUAUAAGGAGAAUAUUCAGUUUAUCUUUUCAACAGCACUUGAUGGGAAGAUAAAAGCAUGGUUAUAUGAUAACUUGGGAUCUCGAGUUGAUUAUGAUGCUCCAGGUCGCUGGUGCACAACAAUGGCUUACAGUGCAGAUGGUACAAGGCUCUUUUCAUGUGGAACAAGUAAGGAUGGGGAUUCAUAUAUCGUUGAAUGGAAUGAAAGUGAAGGGGCAGUUAAAAGGACCUACCAAGGGUUCAGGAAACGUUCUUUGGGUGUUGUGCAAUUUGAUACAACUAAAAAUCGGUUUUUGGCUGCUGGCGAUGAUUUCUCUAUUAAAUUUUGGGAUAUGGACAACAUUCAACUUCUAACAAUCCUUGAUGCGGAAGGAGGGCUUCCAGGGCUUCCUGCAAGCCCACGCAUUCGCUUCAACAAGGACGGCACUCUCUUGGCUGUUUCUGCUAAUGAGAAUUCGAUUAAAAUCUUGGCUAAUUCUGAUGGUCUUAGAUUGUUGCGCACAUUUGACAAUCUUUCUUAUGAUGCUUCAAGAGCAUCUGAAUCUGUGACAAAGCCUGCCAUAAAUUCAAUUUCAGCUGCUGCUGCUGCUGCUGCUGCUACUAGUGCUGGACUAGCAGACAGAGGUGCAUCUGUGGUUGCUAUUGCUGGAAUGAAUGGGGACGCCAGAAACAUGGGGGAUGUGAAACCCAGAUUAGCUGAAGAAACAAAUGACAAAUCAAAGAUUUGGAAGCUCACUGAAAUCAAUGAAACGUCGCAGUGUCGGUCAUUGAGGCUUCAAGAAAACUUGAGAAUAACAAAGAUAUCAAGGUUGAUCUAUACAAAUUCCGGUAAUGCUAUUCUGGCAUUAGCAUCAAAUGCCAUUCAUUUUCUUUGGAAGUGGCAGCGCAAUGAUCGUAAUUCGAGUGGCAAGGCAACUGCCACUGUUUCACCUCAAUUAUGGCAACCAACAAGUGGCAUUCUAAUGACCAAUGAUGUUGCUGACACUAAUCCUGAAGAGGCUGUUCCCUGCUUUGCUUUGUCUAAGAAUGAUUCUUAUGUAAUGUCAGCUUCAGGAGGGAAGAUUUCCCUUUUCAAUAUGAUGACAUUUAAGACAAUGACUACUUUCAUGCCUCCACCACCUGCAGCAACAUUUCUUGCUUUCCAUCCUCAAGAUAACAAUAUUAUUGCUAUCGGGAUGGAUGAUUCUACAAUCCAGAUAUAUAACGUCCGCGUAGAUGAGGUUAAAAGCAAGCUUAAAGGCCACUCUAAGAGAAUAACUGGCCUUGCCUUCUCUCAUGUUCUUAAUGUGCUAGUUUCGUCUGGAGCAGAUGCUCAGCUUUGUGUGUGGAGCUCUGAUGGAUGGGAAAAGCAGAAGUCGAGAUUCUUACAGGUUCCAGCUGGAAGGACAUCAACAGGACAAUCAGAUACCCGUGUUCAGUUUCAUCAGGACCAGACACAUUUCCUGGUUGUUCAUGAGACUCAGCUUGCCAUUUACGAAGCAACAAAACUAGAUUGUGUAAAGCAGUGGGUUCAACGUGAAGCUGCUGCUCCAAUAUCCCAUGCAACCUUCUCAUGUGAUAGCCUCCUAGUAUAUGCCAGUUUCUUAGAUGCAACUGUCUGUGUAUUCAGUGCUGCAAAUCUCAGGCUACGAUGUCGUAUUAAUCCUACUGCUUACCUUCCUGCCAGUGUCAGCAAUUCUAAUGUACACCCCCUUGUGAUUGCGGCACAUCCACAAGAGCCAAAUCAGUUUGCAUUGGGAUUAUCUGAUGGUGGAGUGUGUGUUUUUGAGCCCCUUGAAUCCGAAGGCAAAUGGGGUGUGCCACCACCUGUUGAGAAUGGAUCAGCUAGUAGUGUGCCAGCUACACCUUCAGUUGGACCUUCAGGUUCAGAUCAACCCCAAAGAUGAUCAAACGGCUGCCAGAGCACAAGUUCUUUUACAUGCUUGGCUUACUGGCACUCUAAAUUUAGAUUUUCAGGAUAUGUAAUUUACUCAAGGAUUGAAAUCUGUUGAUGUAGAUCUAACUUAUUGGGGUAAGGUUCUGCUUGAGGUAAAUGCUGUAGAAGAAUUAAUAGUGAAAUAUUUUUUCUUUUUAAAAAGAAAUUUCUUUGAGGAAGUCUUUCUUCUCUCUUCUUUGUUAACAUUUUGCUUCAAUUAUUGAAUAGUAAUGCUGUUUUAUGCA